CGGUCGCCAGGUAACCGGAGGGCUCCCUGGUUCGGAGAGGGAGAGCAGCAUCGGCAGCUGCGUUAGGCUGAGCCAGGUCAUUGGCCCGCCUGGGGGUCAGCAUUGCCUGCACUGACUGGCAGCAAUGCGGAGUGAAGACCACACUAUUAACCUGAAAAAGAAAUGCUUGUCUUCUGCGCCAUGCUCUAAGGUACCUGCACAUGAAGAUGAAAAGGCCAAGUGGGUUUUUAAAAAGUACUUUCAAACAUGUCAUCCUAGUUGUGAUUGGCCUUUGCUUUAUCUACAUGGUCAAAUUAAGCUUCCAUUCCAAAGAAUGUGACAUGGCAAGAAUUCAUUAUGUCAACCCUGAGCACGCAAAGAGAGCACAGAAGUAUGCUGAGCAAGUUAUUCAAGCUGAGUGCCGACCAUCUUUUGUGAAGAAAGGGAUGGGCAGAUUAUUUAUGGAAAAGUACAGUAUGAAUGCAUCUCCUUUUGUAAGAAGAGACCUAAAUACGCAAGAAGUCAUCUUCAAAUACGAACCGCCCUUUGGAUUUCACAAGUUUUCUGAAAAACUUCAAGACCUGUUGGAACUUUUACCCGAGUAUGACCUGCCGGAAAGCUUGCAAUCAAAGCCUUGUAAGCGCUGUGUUGUCGUUGGGAGUGGCGGGGUUCUUAAUGGACUGGAGUUGGGCUAUGCCCUGAACCAAUUUGACAUUGUUAUAAGGUUAAAUAAUGCACCAGUUCAGGGAUACACAGAUGAUGUUGGUAAUAAAACUACCAUAAGGAUGACGUAUCCAGAAGGUGCCCCUUUAUCUGAACAUGAGUAUUAUCCAAAUGGCUUAUUUGUUGCUGUUUUGUUUAAAAGUGUUGAUUUCGACUGGAUUCAAGCAAUGGUGAAAAAUGAAACACUUCCACUCUGGGUGCGGCUGUUUUUUUGGAAGCAGGUAGCCGAGAAAAUACCAGUGCCACCUAAACACAUUCGCAUCUUAAACCCGUUAAUAGUCAAAGAGACGGCUUUGGAUAUUCUGGAGUACCCUGAACCUCGAGCAAAGUUCUGGGGGUGGGACAAGAAUGUGCCUACAAUUGGUGUGAUGGCAGUGGUUCUGGCCUCGCAUUUAUGUGACGAAGUGAGUAUAGCUGGAUUUGGAUAUGAUCUGAGUCAGCCCAACACCCCAUUGCAUUAUUUUGACAAUCUUUGCAUGGCUGCGAUGAACAGUCAAACAAUGCACAAUGUGACUACAGAAGCAAAAUUUCUUCAGAGGUUGAUAAAAGAGAGAAUUGUAAAGGACCUCAGUGGAGGAAUACAUUGCGACUUCUGCGGAAAGACAUGCUAGUGACUGAAAAUGAGCCCAGACGCUGGAUUCUCUGUGUUCCUGCAGGUUCCUCCUCCCCAAAGGAGGCACUCUCAGUGUUUCCAUCUUGCAGGAUGCCCUAAAGGACUUUUUAUUACUGUAUUCAGCUGCUUCCCUUUUUAAUUUUAUGUUCAGUUGGGUAAGUAUUUUUAAAUGUACAUGAAAAUAACGUUUUGCUUCCCACAAGGAUUUUGUGGGUAAUUUAAAUUUCCUUAAUGCAUAUUUAAUGGUUUAGUGUUUGGAAAGAGAUCCAGAAACUUUUUAUUAUAUAGGUUACUG